AUGGCGACUGUUACUCCAGAAGUGACAGAAGCGGCAAUAGCGGCCGGUAUUCACAAGGAUACCGAGAAGAGGGCCAAUGAGGCAAUCAUAUCAUCCGCCGCCCCCGGAUCGACAACUGCAGAGCUUGCGAAGGCUGUUCCCCUUGAACAGCGAUCCAAUGUGCCCGGUACUUUCCCAGAGACUCCUGGACAAGAAGCAGGAACGUUUUCCGUCAACCCUAUCCCGGCUUCUGGUACCAGCGGCAAUCCAAUUAGUCUGAAACCUGGUGAGAAGGUACCCGACCCCAGCACUUUCACCAGCAACACUGUCCAGUCUACUGCUCGGACAGAUCCUACCGGUUAUACGCAGGAUCCCAGUGCUGCUACUGUUCUCGAGCCCGUGGGUGAGCCCAGUCAGAGAUUCAGAGAUCCUGGUGUUACCAUUCAGUCUGCAGCACCCACCUCCACAACCGCCGCUCUUGCUGCUUCUGUCCCACUCGAGUCCCAGAGGCCCCACGGGGCCGCCGAGGGUGUAGCCGAUGAGGUCCCGAAAGUCGUGAGGGAAUCGAUCGCUGAGUCCCACAGAGACCCCGAGGCCGCUGCAAACAAGGAGGCUGUCGAAGAGAAGAAGGAAAUGGAGAAUGAACUCCAAAAACGAGUCACCAGGGAUGAGUCUUGUGGUACACCUGCUCCGAGCAUCUCUGCUGUAAUUGGUUCAACUCAAACGAGCGGCGGAGCACCUGCCGAUGAAGUACCUGAACCAGUGAAGCACUCCAUUGCCGAAGCUCACAAGGACCCCGAGGCCGCUGCUAAUCCAGAGGCCGUCGAGGAGAAGAAGGAGAUGGAGGAUGAGCUGCAGAAGACAGUCCCCAGGGAAGAACAUGCUGGCGCGCCUGCUCCCACUGCCACUGCCGCCACCACUGAAAGCGCUCCUCGAGCCACAGGCGUUGAGCCUCAAUCGCAGCCAUUGUCUCCCGGUGCCGGCUCCCCUCAAGGCCCUACCGUUACCACCGGUGUUGCUUCAGCGAAGGCCCCGGAAGUUUCUGGUCCUGGAGCUGGUGCCAGAACAGGUCAAAGUGAGGGCUCCACAACAGUUAUGCCUAGCUCAAUUCCCGAUAAAGCUGUCGGUCCUUCUGAGCGCCAGACCGAAGGAACCCCGGCCCCUUCACAACCCACGGCUGCUCCCGCCACUACUUCUCCUCAGGUACAGACAGCAGGCACCACUAACGGUCCAUCCAAGCCAGCCGGCCAACGCAACGGCCUGAGGAAUGAAAUGAAGGAGGAGAAGAAGAAAAAGAAGAGUUUCUGGUCCCGGCUCAAGGACAAGCUCAAGUAG